AAGAGAGGGGAGAAACUACGGAGCCCCAACUUUAAAGCCUCUCGCAGUCCAGAGUGCCUCCAUUGUUCUGUCUCUGUUCUGCACUUCUUUCACAUUAGAAAAGCAGAGCAGUGGUUUGGCACAAGCUGUAGAAAACAUAAAUUUUUUUUGUUUUUUUUGUUUUCUGGUUUGUGUUUUUUUGCUUUUGUUUUUGGAUCUCUCUGUUUGCAAGUGAGAGAUCUGAAGUAGGUUUGUGCUUUGUUCACCGAGAGACGGGUAAUGACGUUGAGGGCGUUGAGCCAGCGAUGCCAUUGUUGAACAAAACAGGGGAAAUUUGAGGAGGACGAGGAGGAGGAGAGAGAGAGAGAGAGAGAGAGAGAGAGAGAGAGAGAGAGAGAGAGAGAGAGAGAUGGAUCAGAUAUCGCCAAAAAAGCUGAUUCCGGAGUCAUUUUUUCAGGGGACUAGAGUAGACAUUGCAGGGCAAAUUGGGCUGGCUUGGGAGCUAAUCAAAGCGCCAUUGAUAGUUCCCCUGUUGAAGCUUGGAGUGUACAUCUGCCUGACCAUGUCGCUGAUGCUGUUCAUCGAGAGACUGUACAUGGGUGUAGUCAUCAUCCUCGUCAAGCUUUUCUGGAAGAAACCUGAUAAGCGUUACAACUGGGAGCCCAUACGAGAGGACUUGGAAAUCGGCAAUUCGGCUUUCCCUGUGGUCCUCGUUCAAAUCCCAAUGUUCAACGAAAGAGAAGUCUACAAGGUCUCCAUUGGAGCUGCAUGCAACCUUUCGUGGCCAUCAGAUCGUCUCGUCAUCCAAGUCCUCGAUGAUUCCACAGACCCUGUCAUUAAGGACAUGGUGGAGCUGGAAUGCCAGAGAUGGGCCAGCAAAGGCAUAAACAUAAGAUACCAAAUCCGAGAGAACAGAACAGGGUACAAAGCAGGGGCUCUUAAAGAAGGCCUAAAGAGAAGCUACGUCAAACACUGCGAGUACGUCGCCAUCUUCGACGCCGAUUUCCGGCCGGAACCCGACUAUCUCCGGCGAGCCAUCCCCUUCCUCGCCCUCAACACCAACAUUGCCCUCGUUCAAGGCCGCUGGAGGUUCGUGAAUUCAGACGAGUGCCUGCUAACAAGGAUGCAAGAAAUGUCCCUGGAUUACCAUUUCAAAGUGGAGCAAGAAGUUGGCUCUUCCACUCAUGCCUUCUUUGGCUUCAAUGGCACAGCAGGCGUAUGGAGGAUCGCAGCCAUCAACGAGGCUGGCGGCUGGAAGGAUCGCACGACAGUGGAGGACAUGGAUCUCGCUGUUCGAGCUGGUCUCAAAGGCUGGAGAUUUGUUUACCUCGGUGACCUCCAGGUGAAAAGUGAACUUCCUAGUACUCUAAAAGCUUUUCGUUAUCAGCAACAUAGGUGGUCUUGUGGCCCUGCUAAUCUCUUUAGGAAAAUGGUGAUGGAGAUCAUUAGAAACAAGAAUGUGACAUUGUGGAAGAAAGUGUAUGUGAUCUAUAGCUUCUUCUUCGUUCGGAAAAUCAUUGCCCAUAUGGUCACUUUUUUCUUCUACUGUGUGGUACUUCCCCUAACCAUUUUAGUCCCUGAAGUUGAAGUCCCGAUUUGGGGAGCUGUUUAUAUUCCUUCCAUCAUUACCAUCCUAAAUGCAGUUGGAACUCCAAGGUCAAUUCACCUAUUGUUUUAUUGGAUCCUUUUCGAAAAUGUGAUGUCCCUGCACCGAACCAAGGCGACCUUUAUUGGACUGCUGGAAGCAGGGCGAGCUAAUGAAUGGAUUGUCACUGAAAAACUAGGAGACGCUAUGAAAAAGAAAACAAACGCCAAAGUUGUCAAGAGACCCCUGUCUGCCCUUGGGGAUAGAAUCCAUCUACUGGAACUGGGAUUUGCUGCAUUCCUCUUCUGCUGUGGAUGCUAUGACUUUCUCUAUGGAAAGAACAACUACUUCAUUUACCUCUUCCUGCAGACUUUUUCUUUCUCCAUUGUGGGAUUUGGCUAUAUGGGCACCAUCAUCCCUGGCUCUUAGCGAUGAUCUCCCUCUCCCUCUCUCUUCAACAAGUAUAUAUAUUAUAGAUAAGCUAGGGGGAUCUGUUAGAAUCAUUCGAGGGCAGUUCUCCCUACUGUAGCUUUUACAAAAACAAAAAGGUCAUUCAUCAAGUUGGGUAGAAGUUAAAGCUUAAGUCCUGUCUUCCUCAAUUGACAAAUCAGGUGUUUGGUCCCUUGGAAAAUUUUAGGGACAGAAAUGCUGGUAUCAUGUGAUUGUACUGCCUUGAGGGAAGACCAAGAGCUAAAUUGUACUUGGGCUUAGGGAUCAGCUAGCAGGUUGUUUUAUUUUCUACUUCAAUAGCUAGAUUGUUUGCAAUUCUGAUAUUUUCAAUUUUUUUUUCUUUCUUGCUGCAUCAGAAAGAACAAGGGGAUAGGUUUUUGUUUUUCUGCUGUUGGGUAUUUCAAUUGUAGUUUUUUCCCCGUUUGAGAGAAAAUAAUUAAGCUAAUGGUUGAAGGGGUAAACUUGCAACCAGAGUUCUAUGCUAUUGUAGUCUGUCUGCUUCUUUUCUUCAGAGUUUUGUGUUGUAUUGGAAUGAUACAGAUGGGAAAGAAUAAAGCUAAGGAUUGUUAACUUUA